GAGACAGCAAGGAGUUCACUCACACACACACAAACUCACACAGAUACAAGAUCUAGUACAGAGGGUUACAAGAGAGGCUUCCCUUGUGAAACCACUAACACACAACUGUGUCUAGACUAUAUCACUUUCUAACUAUUGCUUGAAUACAUACACACACAUACACACUCUCUACACAAGCAACAGCUGUCAAGAUGUUGCUGCCAAGAGCUUUGACCCUGUUCAUCCUGUGGGGUUCUGCCUCUUGUGUGCAGUAUCGGGCUGACUUCAACAUGAUGGGAGUCACUGGUUGGAUCCUCUUUGACUCCACAGAGCAGAAGUCCACCACUAAUCUCACAGGAACUGGCACAUGUCGAAUCAAUAUCUCCCUCACUACAUUCCCGGUUAUGUACGGCCAUUUUGCUUCACCUUGUCAAAAGUCACACAUAGGAGAGAGUGUGUUCACAUUUUCUGUAGAUCAGCCUCAGGCUGUUGUGAAUGUGUCCAGUCUAUUUGAACAGAACAUUAGCCUCGAUGCCCUCUCUGUACUUGUGGACACAUGCACUGGCACAAGGAUUUGUGCUGGACUUACAUCAGAGUCCCACGUAAGGACAUGGCAGGCACGGUUUUACAGUCCCAUAGCUGGAAACAUCUACAUCCGGCAAGUGACAGGAGAAGCAGGGGCAAGGGUUCUCUCAGAUCUAAAAAAUGUAGAUCAGACCAGGACUUUUCCAAAUGUCACGAUCUUAGUGUCACAAAGCUCUGCCACCAGCUGCAAUACACUUCUUGGUAGUCUGGAUCCCAAGAGUCUUACAAAGCUGGGUGUUUUGACCGUGGGAUCACCUCUAGAGCCUGUGAAGUCUCGGUUGGAAAUAUCCACUCUCAAUUCUAAUGUCCACUUUGCCGUUCUCAACUUGACCUCGAGCUACAUGUGUGCAGAGAUCCGAAGCGUUGCAAUGAAGGUAGUUAGUGCUGUUGUGAACAUGCAAGGGAUUAAAGGCUACUUCACCUUCCAACAACCAUCUCCGUUCGAUCUCACCACCAUCAUUGUUAACCUGACAAACCUGGACAGAAGAGUUGGCCCGUACCACGUUCAUCAGUUUCCCCUGCCCCAAAUGAGAUCUCCAUCUGAUAGCAGCUGCAGUAACAACAACCUUGGGGGUCACUGGAACCCCUUUAAUUUGAAUACUCAGGCACCAAGAGGCUCAACUCAUGAUCUCUUUGAGGUCGGAGAUCUGAGCGCCAAGCAUGGAUCUCUGGAGAAUUCAAAUAACUUUCAAGCCACUUUCACGGACUGGAACCUACCUCUGUUUGGGCGGAAUAGCAUUGUGGGUCGCUCUGUCGUGAUGCACCUUCCAGAUGGGACCAGAUUUGCUUGUGCAAGCCUCGGCUACCCAGGCGAAGUGUCUGUCGCCAAGGCUGCCUUUCGUGGACUGGUUGUGGGGACGGUCCUUUUCACCCAACUCAGUAGUGACCCAUAUUCUGAUGUCUCUGUAUUUAUGGACCUAUCCUACGGACAACUUUCUGCACCUUCUACGAUGAAUCACAACUGGCAUGUCCACAACUAUCCCAUCAGCACAGAGACUGACAGUGACAAGGGAGGUUGUCUGUCCACUGGAGGACACUGGAAUCCAUACAACAUAGACACCACGGGGAGUGUAUACACUGUUAACUGUGCUCCCGACAGUCCUUUUGCUUGUGAAGUUGGGGAUAUCUCCGGCAAGCACAAGACUGUGGACCUACAGUCUCAGAUGGGAACAGUGGCAACCAAGAACUUUUUUACUGACACCACCUCUUGGUUGUCUGGAAUGGUUGGACGUUCUUUGGUGAUACAUGGUCCAAACCAAGCAGGUCCACGGAUUGCUUGUGCAAACCUCACCUUGUACCGUUUUCCCUCUGCUCGCUCGGAUUUUUGGCUUGGAACAGGAACCUCUGAAGGUCAAGUCAGAUUCUCCCAAGUUUCUCCUCAAGGGCCAACAAUCCUAAAUAUCUCCUUUACUGGGCUUAACGCGAGAGCUGGUGGCUACCACAUUCAUAUUCUUCCAAUCAAGAGCACCCAGGAACCUUGCUCGGACACCAACAUCAUGGGACACUUCAACCCGUUUUCUGUGAACACAGCCUCAUCUCCAGCUCCAGGGAACGGCACGGUUGACCAGUAUGAGAUUGGAGACAUCAGUGGGAAGUUUGGAGACCUGACGGGUCAGAACAGCUUUCAGAACCAGUACACGGAUGGUAACAUGCCACUUUCAGGGCCGAACAGCAUAAUUGGCCGGUCUCUGGUCAUACAUUACGCUAAUGGCUCAAGAAUGAGAUGUGCAGAUAUCUCAGCAGAGGUCUCCCAAGACGGAAACUUGGUGAUCGCCAAGGCCAUGUUUAGUAGUGCUAUAACUGGGACAGUGAUGAUGUCGCAGCUAUCGUUUCCAGAUGGCAGUUUUGGUGACGUUAUGUUAGAAGUGGAUGUGCGGGCAUCACAGUCAUCAAAUUUUGCAGAAGCGUCCUGGUACAUUGCAGAUAAGCCGGUGGGGUCAGAUGGUACAUGUCCUGGUGAAGAAGAAAUGUAUAAUCCAUUCAACACGACAAAUAUGAACAACUGUUCUCAGGACAGGGCUUUGUCUUGUUUGGUUGGAGAUCUGACGGGCAGACAUGGAUCCCUCAGUCUUAAAAAGAGACAACUGUACAAUGACAUUCUGCUGCAGCUGGCUGGAGACUUCACAGCUGUCCAUAGGGCAUUAGUUCUCAGACUCAAUAACACCACAACCGCAUGUGCAAAUAUUCACCCAGAAUCCCCUUCUGCCACCCAGAUUUUCCCCACAAUGGCCUCCUUCAGCAGGCAUGAUUUCCGUAAGAGAGUGGCAGAUGUGUUAAACCUGCACAUAUCCAGAGUUUCCAUCUUACCUGGUUCUCCUUCUCAAGGGCCUGAUGGGAAAUGCCAGCAGGUCAUGUAUCUGGUGUCAGGUGAGGUGAGCCAAGAGAAACUGAGAUCAGUUAAGACGAGUGACAUGAUGGGUGUUUUCAAAGAAUCAAAGACGUGCAUACCAACUGGAAACACGGGACUGAUGCUGGUCCCCUGCAGGAUGUUACUGUCAGCUAUGACGGCUGCAGUCUGUCUGCUCAGGUCACUGAGGCACUAGAUGGACCUUGCAGUGAUAACACAACACUGCCUGUACUUCAUUACCUGAAUAAACCAGGACACCUUUGGCCCAACUGCAGGAAUACAUCAAACUGUCAAUAUUUCUAUACCAAAUCUUUAGAGAACAUUCCUCAUUUUAUCAUGUUACACA